AAGAGAAGAAAAGAAUACUGAUAAACUGACGAAUAAAUAAAAAAGAAGAAAAAAAGGAAAAAAAAAGAAAAUCUGAACAAAAACGAUAAAAUUCAAAAUAUUGACAACAGAGAGAGAAUAUGUGACGAAGGUGGACUGGAGGAAAAUUUAGUGAAAAGUGAAGGAAAAAAAGAGACAACAAAGGGAAAAUAAGGAAGAGGCGAUAAAGAAAGAGAACAUGAUAGAGUUUUCUUUAACACGAAUAUUUAUGAUGCUGUGUUGUAUGGGUCUGGGUGCUGGCUGGAGCGACUCAGGAGGAGGAGGAGGAGAAGGAGGAGGAGGAGAAGGAGGGCCAGUCUUCGGUAACACUCCCAGCAUUGUUCGAGUGAAAGUUGGACAAACAGCCAAACUACCUUGUGUUGUGUACCAUCUCAACGCCAGAGAGGUCACGUGGCUGAGGAGUCGUGACCUUCAUAUUCUCACCACGGGUCACCACACCUAUUCAGCGGACGAUCGGUUCCAGAUCGCUCACAGUCCCGGCGCUAAUGAGUGGACGUUGGUGGUCAGGUUUGCACAGACGCGUGACUCAGGUGUGUACGAGUGCCAGGUGAACGCUGACCCCAAGAUCUCCAGGGCUGUGACUCUCAAUGUGUUAGAAGAGAAAACAGUCACAGAAGCUAAGCCAGCCAUGAAGGUGACCAAGAGCAAAACAUUCGUGGCCAACAACACAGCGUCAACCAGAGACGGGCACCUCCGCGUGAGGAUCGAGGGCCCCCCGGAGCUGUACAUCGAGGAGGGGUCCACGCUGGCCCUCACCUGCGUGGUCGUGUCCACCUACGGCCCCUCCACACUGGUGUACUGGUACCACGACACCGCCAUGAUGGACUACAACUCUCACAGGGGCGGCAUCAAACUCAAGAUCGACCACCAACGAGGGGAAACAGCUGCCCGCCUCCUCGUGUCCGGCGUGGCAGCGAAGGAUUCUGGGAUGUACUCUUGUGUCCCCGCAGGAUCUCACCCGGCCUCUGUUAGGGUCCAUGUACAUCAGGGCAAGCAGGAGGCAGCGAUCCAGCAAAGCGGUCUAAACAUCAGCAGCUCCAGUCCCUGCCUCACCCCUACCUCCCUGCCGCCCUGCCUCGCCAUCUCCUUCCUCCUCAGUGCUUCCCUCCCUCACAUUCUUCCCCUCCCGUCCUCCUCCUCCUCCUCUUCCUCCUCCUCCUCCUCCUCCUUGGGAUUAGCAGGAGUGACCGCAACGACUUUACUCUUCCUUCUUCCUUCUUCCUUUCUCCUUUUCCUCCUCCUUCUUUCCUCUCUCCUCGUAGUGAUUAAGUCUAUUAGUGUAUUCUUCUCUUCUUCCUCCUCUUCUUCCUGCUCUUUUCUUGAUCUCUGGCCAUGGAGGGAAGCAAAGCAGGGCGUGGUGGUGUCCACGCGGCUGGUCGCUGCGUGCCCGGCGGUGCAUACUUCAUGUCAGCGGGAAAGGAGGCUCUGUUGGUUCUAUCCAGCGGACCAGCAUGUUCCGGAAAAUAAACGGAAAUACGAAAGUGCAGAUGUCCAUGUACGUUUGAGAAAGAAGUCUUGGAGCGUGCAAGGCAACACUGGCCGUGUAUGUGAGUCAGCCUGUGUCCAAGCCAUCUGCGGCGAGUCCCCCCUCACUGGUCACUGCACUUGUCAGUUAGGCCAGCGGUGCCUGAAGUGUCUGCCUCAGGUUCUCAGGCCGAGGAGACUUUUCCCUCCCUUCAGCUCUGAACAGCGUGUGGGGGCGAGGGCCGUGGUGGUUGAGGCGCUCGGUGAUGUGUGA